CGGGGAACCUCGAGGAGGUGGUCGUGAUCGAGGAAAUCGAUGGAUGGUGACGAAAAUGGACUCGAACAUCCAAGAGGCCUUAAGAAAUUUCGCUCUGCAAAAGAUGCAGGCAAUUGAAAAAGAAAGGCACAGGAAUCCCAAUAAAAGUAACAGUGGGGAUGAAACAGCAACCAAGAAUACUGGUAGUAUUGGUACAGUAAAGGAGAAUCACAGUGAAUCUACAGAUAACAUUAGAGAAUGGGACAAGAAAGAGGGCCUUCAAUAUAGAGAUGAUGUAGAUACAAAUGAAAGGAAAACAAUGUUCAGUGCUAUCAUUCAAAGUAGGAUUGCAAAAGAAAUGAAGGAAGUAAAUAGGAUUAAACAAAUCGACCACAACCACUUGAAGAAAACAGAAUCUAUUUAUGUAGAUACUGAGAAGCAUGUAGACACAGCUGAUGAUAAUGGAAAAGGAAAGAUUCAGGAAAAGAAACCCAUACAGAUAAAGAUAUUCAGUAAAGACCUAUCAGAACCAAAUACAAAGAAAACAAACACCUUAGAUGAAGAUGAUAAUGAAGAUGUCUCCACAUCGUCAUCAUCAGAAGAAGAAAAGUCAGAAGUUCAAAGGUUACUACCUUGGCGUGAACUGCCUGAAGAUGGAGAACUAACUGCUUCUAGUUAUAGUGAUGUAGAUAUGCAAAUAGGUUCAGGCAUCGCAGAUAAAAAAUCAGAUAAGCUUGAAGAAGAAGAUAUCAAAAGGGACAGUAAAAAGAAAAAGAAACACAAACAUAAACACAAGAAAAGUAAACACAAAAAGUCCAAGAAUAAAUCAAAAGAAAAAACUAAAGAGAGAGAAGACAAAUGUGCAAAUGAAAAGAGGAGCGUUAGAAAUGAAGAUAAUGAUGUAUUUGAUAAACAAAGGCUUUUGGAUGGGAAGUAUAAAAAGAAAGAUGCUGAUGAUAAUAUGAAACAGAAAGAAUUUGAUGAAAGAAGUUGCUCAACGUCAAAAGAAAUCAACAUUGAAAAUGAAGUGAUAGAUUUAAAUGAAUUUUUAGAAACACAAUUGGAAAAUCUUAACACCAAAGCUCAAGCAGAUGAGAACAAAAACAAAAGGACUUCAGACGAAGAUAUUAUAAAAAAUUGUUCAUUAAAUGAAGGUGAAAUCAAAGAAAUGGGUAAAACUGACAAAAAAUCGGUAGGCAAAAUUUUACCAGAAUUACUUAAUAAAGACCUUAAGAUUGAAAGCCAGGAGAAAGUAUCCCAGGGAAUAACAGAAAAAAAGGAUGCAUCUAUUGAGAAUACUUUGAAAGAUAAACCUGUUAGCGAUGUUAAUAAAAGUACUGUUCAAAAAACAGAUAUUGAUAAAUCUGUGAAAAACACCAUAGAAGAAACUAAAAAAACAAGCAUUAACAUAACAAAAGACAAAAAACAACAAAAGGAGAUAGAAGAUGGUGGAAGAGAUAAAGAUUUGUCGUAUUCAAAAGCCAAGAAACGCAAGAGAGAUAAAAAUGAAGCAAGUGAUGGAGAGCUGACAGAUAAAUCUAAGAAAAGGUGCAGAGACGAAGAAAGAAAACGUAAGGACAGUCGACGAUCUCGUUCCCGAUCACGAACAAGAAGCAGAAGACACAGAAAAUCGAGUUCACGUUCUCCUUCCCGUAGGUCCCAUACGACAGACAGGUAUAGGCAUCGUUCAAGGUCAAAGUCACGAGAGAGGAGGUCGCGAUCACGAGGUAGGAGGUCCAAAUCACGAGACAGGAGGUCCAAAUCACGAGACAGGAGGUCCAAAUCACGAGAAAGGAGGUCCAAAUCACGAGAGAGGAGGUCAAGAUCUCGUGACAGGAGGUCACGAUCUCGAGGCAGGAGGUCACGAUCUCGAGGCAGGAGGUCACAAUCACGAGAGAGGAAAUCCAAGACAAAAACAAGCAGAAUGUACAGCGAUCACAAACCGGAGCGUUCUGUGGCAGAUCGUAUAGACAAAGCUAAACUAUUAGAAAUUGCCAAAGCGAAUGCAUAUGCACAGAUGAAAGCAGGAUUGUUGCCAGCCAGUUUAAAAUUGCCACCUUUAACUGUUGAAGAUAAAGCUAGUCAAAGAGCAGGUGGCCAAACAAUUACUGAAUUAACAGCAGUAUGCCAGGCAAUCCAGAAGAAAGGAGAGGGACUUGACUCUGGGGACGAAUCACCCGUCAACAAACCAAUAGAUUCCGACGAGGACUCGGAAACAUUCAUUAAUCAUCCAUUCAAACUCCGGCCACAGCCACAGAGUAUUGUGGUCAAUAUUAAGAAUGCUGUACAAAGACCAAAUAUGGACAAAGAUAAACUGCGGAUACAGUUUCCAGUCUCCAGUGGUUCACAGCAUCGCAAGAAGGAGGAAGAGGUCUCACCAUAUGGUGCUUGGGUACCUUACCAAAAGCCAACUGCACAAACAGCUGCAGCACCCUCAACCACAACGACUACUAGUGACACAAGCACUGUUGCAACUCCUGCUGCAUCCACCAAUACAACCACUAAUGUAACCACAACCACCUCAUCCACCAAGAUGCCCACAAUGGCUGCAGGGGGGCAAAUAUCCUUCCCAGCGAAUCCAGAAUUAUGCACCCCUGUUCUCGGUCAAGCUACUAACGCCUUAAUGACACCAGUGGUCCAAACGGUGACACCAACUCCUGCCACAUUACCUGCUCCGGUUCCUUCUGUGCAUCCAAAUGAUAGAGUUUUUGAGGAAACGCCGUCCGCGCCGGCUGUUGACAUAGCAACAAUGGUAUCUGCAAGACUAAAGGCUGCAAGAGCCCUUGAAUCCAACCCUCUUGAUGUUGAAGCUCUUGGUCAACUACACAAGGCUCAACGAGGGAUCCAGAGCUGGGCCAAUGUGAGCAACAAACCAGGCCAGUUUACCGGGAGUACCGGAGUCCAGAUUCUGAAUCCCAAAGAACUAGCAAACUCAAAUCCCAGGGCUCAGGCCUGGGCUAAAAAGGACAUGUUUCUUAAGUCUGCACCAGUUAGUAGCGGCAUCGGGAUGAUGAUGUUACAAAGGAUGGGAUGGCGACAAGGAGAGGGAUUGGGAAAGAACAAGGAGGGUGCCAGGGAACCCCUUUUAUUGGAAAUUAAAUCUGACAGAAAAGGGUUGGUAUCAUCCACUGAAAGCAAUAGAGGAAAACCCGUUAUUCCUAGAGUUGUGACACAUGACCUGACCAGCAAGCAUCCUGUCUCGGCUUUAAUGGAAAUAUGCAACAAGCGCAAAUGGCCGCCACCUUUGUUUGAACUUAUCCAUGAUAGCGGACCAUCUCACCAGAAGAACUUUGUUUUUAAGGUUAUUAUAAACAAGGAGGCAUACCAACCAACAACAGCAAGUGGAAACAAGAAACAUGCCAAAGCACAGGCAGCCACAGUUGCUCUACAGAAGAUGGGGCUUAUACCAAUGGAUUAUGUACAUGGUGAGGGUUAGCCCUAGGAGAGAAAGGGGGAGGGGAUAGGGUGUGUCAGGGGGAGGGGAUAGGGUGUGUCAGGUAUGGAGCAACCUAGUGGACAGAAGUAGCUUUUGUACAUGUACAGUAGUCACUUUCCAGGGUAGGCUGGCCUGAAGUUGUGUAUGUUUCAUUAAUGGUUUGCCUGAAGUUGUGUAUGUUUCAUUAAUGGUUUGAGAAGGAUAACCUGAUUUCUAUGCUCUUCUUGUAACACAUGAUAUACACUUCAAUAGCUGUAAAUUAUGCUUUUAACCACACCGUUCAUGACACAAAUAUGCAGUGCCUACAAAAUGCUCAGUUCAAAUGAAACAAGUAUUGCUUGUCAGAGCGAAAUACUGUAGAAUGAAUAGCGCGAAUAGGGUUGGUAAAUUUUUUAUUGUAGGAAAUUACUUUUGUGCACAAAAUUGAAAGAUGGUUGUGGUACAGUAUAAAUAACUUGAAUUUUGAAGUAAUGCUAUAUGUUAUUUGUUUCAUUUGGUUGUAAAUAACAGUGCUGUGGUUUCCUUGUAUAUGCUAGUAAUAGGCUGUAGCUAGGUAUUUUUAUGAUUGCAUUCUUAUAUUUCUGAAAAUUAUUUGCAUACUAUCAUAAAACAAAUCAAAAUUAAUAUGCUUUAUAUUGGAUUCAAUUUAACAGAUUUGAAACAAAAUCAAUUUCAGCUGUAUUGUCUAUUGUCAACUGCUACUUAAAAUCAAUCAUGUUUUUAUAGCACUGUAUGUACAAGUACAGGAAUUUUUCGCUUUUCUUUAAAAUACUUAUUAUAGUGCCUAAGCUGUUCUUGACCAUUUUAAAUAAAUGUAUUUUACUUUGUAACUGGUUGUAUAAAUAGAACUAAAUCCAUAAAGGACAGGAGUGCUCAGUGUAAUGUGCAAGAUUUAUUUCAGGAUAAGCGCGAUACAAGUCAAAUGUUGCUAUUAAAUUUGUUAUGUUCCGCAACUCUCAGAGAUGUAUAAUAAAACAUAAAGAAAAAUAA